UUCGCGCAAGUGGCAGCAGACAGCCGCUAAGUGGCUGAAGUGACAGUAUAGCAAAAAAAUUGUUUUUUUUUUUUAUAUUUUGUAGCAAAUAACGCGUGCAAAUAGUUAGCUGUCGCUUACCGUUGUGCGCGAGUCGCGCAGUACUCCAACAGAACGGAAAAACCGCAUAACAAAAAACGUUGUCUAAACGGCCACAGCUGUCCACGCGGAAGUGUCACGGAAGUGUUGUUUGUGGAAUUGCGUGAUAACUUGGAUACCUGAAGAUUCUUCAAGAUUCUCAGUAAUACUUCUGUGUUUGUUAUUUUUUAAAGAACAGUGCAUUAAAAUAGUAUGAACAAGUGAUAUUUUUUUACCAAUUCCAAAAUUCAGUUUGGGAUUUUAAUGAAAUCAUUUAUAUAAAUAGUACAUAUGUUUACUUUGAAUGUACCAAAAUGAGUCAGCAGAAAAAUUUGGGCGUUCAAAAAAAGCCAUCAAUGGGUGUGCCAGCGCAUGGCUUGCCGACUGGCGCGCGUAAAGGCUGCUUACCUUUGGGAUUACCACAACCGCUGCUAUUGGAGGAGAAGAAAUUCCUGUUGGCGGUGGAACGCGGUGAUAUUGGCAAUGUGCGCAGAAUUCUACAGAAAGCCCAUCGCAAGCAUAAUAUCAACAUCAAUUGCAUGGACCCUUUGGGUCGACGUGCUCUCACUCUAGCCAUUGACAAUGAGAAUCUCGAAAUGGUUGAACUGUUGGUGAUUAUGGGCGUGGAGACCAAGGAUGCUUUGUUGCAUGCUAUUAAUGCUGAAUUUGUGGAGGCUGUUGAACUGCUGCUGGAGCAUGAAGAACUCAUCUACAAGGAGGGUGAGCCCUAUAGCUGGCAAACGGUCGAUAUGAACACAGCCGUAUUUCCGCCAGAUAUAACACCACUCAUUCUAGCUGCUCACAAAGAUAAUUUUGAAAUCUUGAAAAUUCUCCUGGAUCGUGGCGCUGCAGUGCCAGUUCCUCAUGACAUACGUUGCGGUUGUGAUGAGUGCGUACGCCAGUCUAACGAAGACUCACUACGUCACUCACUUUCGCGUGUUAACAUUUACAAAGCUUUGGCCAGCCCUUCGCUCAUUUGCCUUACCUCAAGCGAUCCAUUACUCACAGCAUUCCAACUGUCAUGGGAACUACGUAAUUUGGCCUUUACAGAGCAGGAAUGCAAAGCGGAAUAUAUGGAAUUGCGACGCCAGUGCCAAAAAUUUGCAGUCGAUUUGCUUGAUCAAACGCGCACCUCAAAUGAGCUGGCCAUUAUACUGAACUAUGAUCCAGAAUUUUCCACCUAUGAACCCGGUGAUCGUAUGAGCUUAUCGCGACUUGAACAAGCUAUUACCUACAAGCAGAAGAAGUUCGUGGCCCACUCGAAUAUCCAACAACUACUCUCAGCUAUUUGGUAUGAUGGCUUGCCUGGCUUUAGGCGUAAAACGUAUCUCGAAAAAUUCUGGUGCAUCAUACAAGUGGCCGUACUAUUUCCGGUUUAUUGUACGAUUUACAUGGUUGCACCGAAUUGCCGUACUGGCAUACUGAUGCGUAAACCAUUUAUGAAAUUUCUCACGCACGCUUCAUCCUACUUGUUCUUCCUAUUCAUUCUAAUCCUGGUUUCGCAACGUGCCGAUGACGAUGUUAUACGUCUUUUCGGCACCGAACGCAUGCGGAAAGAGUUGGCCGAGGAACAGAUGCGACAGCGUGGCAAAGGGCCGACUAAGUUGGAGUUGCUUGUUGUGUUUUAUGUAUUCGGCUUUAUGUGGGAGGAGGUGCAGGAGAUAUUUACGUUGGGCAUGAAGAGUUAUUUGCGGAAUAUGUGGAAUUUCAUUGAUUUUCUGCGCAACAGUUUAUACGUGAGCGUCAUGUGUCUGAGAAUCAUCGCCUACAUUCAGCAAACCAGCGAAAUCGUGCACGAUCCCAAAAUGGCAUUUGUACCGCGCGAGAAGUGGGACGACUAUGAUCCACAAUUGAUUGCUGAGGGGCUGUUGGCUGCUGCAAACGUUUUCUCAGCGCUGAAGCUGGUGCAUUUGUUCUCGAUCAACCCACACCUCGGCCCAUUGCAGAUCUCGCUCGGACGCAUGGUUAUCGACAUAGUAAAGUUCUUCUUCAUCUACUCGCUGGUGUUGUUCGCCUUCGCUUGCGGGCUGAAUCAAUUGCUUUGGUAUUUUGCCGAUUUGGAAAAGAGUAAAUGCUACAGCCUACCAGAUGGUUCAGCCGAUUGGGGCGGUAAUGGAGAUUCGUGCAUGAAAUGGCGACGUUUCGGAAACCUCUUCGAGUCAUCGCAAUCACUCUUCUGGGCCAGUUUCGGCAUGGUUGGCCUUUCCGAUUUCGAGUUGACUGGCAUUAAAUCAUACACACGCUUCUGGGGUUUGCUGAUGUUCGGCUCAUAUAGUGUCAUCAAUGUGAUUGUACUGUUGAAUCUACUCAUCGCCAUGAUGUCCAAUUCAUAUGCAAUGAUUGAUGAACAUUCCGACACGGAAUGGAAAUUCGCACGCACCAAACUUUGGAUGAGCUACUUUGAAGAUAGUGCCACGUUGCCGCCACCCUUCAACAUAAUGCCUUCGGCUAAGUGGCUAAUCAGAGUAUUUCGCAAAUCAAGCAAGGAGAUCGAUAGGAAGCGUUCAAAGAAACGCCAUGAUAAGGAUCAAGACAAUGCCUAUGAUAAUAUAAUGCGUUCGCUGGUUUGGCGUUUCAUUUCCGCGGAACAUCGCAAAUUCGAAGUGAAUCCCGUCACUGAGGAUGACAUUAACGAGCUGAAAUGUGAGAUAUCCGCGAUGCGCUAUGAAAUAUUGGAUGUCUUCGAGAAUAGUGGGCUGGAUUGUUCGGGCGCAAGCAAGCGUGAGAAGCCCUCUCGCGUCAAGCGCAAUAAGGUGUGGGAGCGUCGUCUGAUGAAAGGCUUCCAGGUGGCACCCGUGCAAGUGGUCUACGCCGAGGAUGCGAACUUCAAUGUCAACGGUGAAGGUGAAAUCAACGAAAUACGCAUCGAAAAAGAGCCUUCACGCGAUCCCAACGAGACACCACUCGAACGUUUCCGACGCGUAGCACGCGCAGUUGCCGCGCAAUCGGCGACACAUAAGUGGACGGUAGUGCUGCGCGGUGUUACCAAGAAUUCGCAGAUCGGACGAUGCAGCAACCACCAUGAUGCGGACAAUUUGCAGCAUCUCGGAAAGGCAAUCGAAGAAGCUAAGCGGCUCAUAUUGCUCAGCCCGACCUUCUCACGUCCAGGCGUCGAGUCACCCAUUCCAAUCGAGUUCGAGGAUGAGAAGACAUCAACGCUGCUCGAUUUGCUCAACAAGAUCAGCGAGGAGAUUGACGAUCACUAUGACGGACCACACGCGCGCACGGCGGAAAUGAAAAAACGCGAGCUAUUGCGCGCCUUCAACCAACAACAACAGCAACAGCCGACAUUUAAAGAGCAAGCCUUUCUGAAGCAGAAUAAGUCGCGCUUGGCAACGCAAGAAAAACCACCGCUGCUGGCACGCGCCAAAACAGCGCCUGAAAUAGAGCGCAACAAAACUGGCGGGCAAAGCAAUAGCACGGCGGUAGCAGGCAAUAACAAGAACAACAGCAAUAGCGGACAGAAAACAGGCAAAACGAGCAGCGAGUUGCCACUCUCUGCUGGCGGCUUGAACAAGCAGCAACAGCAGCUAAAAUCUCAAGCGCCUAAAGCCCAGGCGCCUGGUAAAGCAGUCAGCGCUGGAAGCGGCGCUUCACAAAAAAAGGCUGCCGCACCACUUGCGCCACCCAGCUAUGACCAGAGUAAUGCUGACAAGAGGAACAAUGCGCCUGGUAGUCGACACACGCCAUUUUCUGUAGAAUUCGGUUACCCGGGUCGACGACCAGGCUACACCGGACCCACCGCUAAUGCCAAUUCAUUCGAUAUCGAUGUGGUCGAUCUUGAUGAUUCAGAUAUGGAAGUGGGUAGACGCUAUCAUGACUUGGCUGAUGAUAAUCUCUCCGAGGUAAGCUCGGUUUUGAAUUUGGAUAUAAUGCAGCCGGCGGGCGGCGCAAAGCCAAAAGAGGGUCGGCCAGAGCUAACGCGGGGCUACAGUGUCGAAAAUGAGAAGCAGCCGAAGGGCGUGCGGCAGCAAUCGAUUGAGGGACGACAAAAUAGGAGUAAUCAGAGUAAUAGUGGUCGGGGUAACGGUCCACCACCACCGCCAGUGGAUCGUAAUGGCAAGCAGUGGAUGUAA